AUGGCCGCCGUCCUCCCUGAGCCGUUCGCCUCCAUCCCGAGGGAGAACUUCCUCUUCGGCCCUUCGCCCAUCGAGCCCCUCCCCCGCAUCUCCAAGGCGCUCGGCGGAAAGGUCAACGUCUACGCCAAGCGCGAGGACUGCAACUCCGGCCUGGCCUACGGCGGCAACAAGACCCGCAAGCUCGAAUACCUCGCCUCCGACGCCCUCGCCCAGGGCUGCGACACCCUCGUCUCCAUCGGCGGCGUCCAGUCCAACCACACGCGCCAGGUGACCGCCGUCGCCGCCAAGCUCGGCCUCAAGGCCGCCCUCGUCCAGGAGCACUGGGUCGAGUGGGAGGACCCCGUCUACGCCAAGGUCGGCAACAUCCAGCUGUCGCGCCUCAUGGGCGCCGACGUCCGCCUCGACCCCUCCACCUUCGGCAUCGAGCACAAGAACACCCUCGCCAAGCUCAAGGAGGAGCUCACCGCCGCCGGCCGCAAGCCCUACUACAUCCCCGCCGGCGCGUCCGACCACCCCCUCGGCGGCCUCGGCUUCGCCCGCUGGGCCUUCGAGGUCGUCGCCCAGGAGAAGGAGACCGGCGUCUUCUACGACACCGUCAUCGUCUGCGCCGUCACGGGGUCCACCAUGGCCGGCAUGGUUGCGGGCUUCAAGCUGGCCGAGAAGACGGGCGCGUCGCCGAAGAGGAAGGUUAUCGGUAUUGAUGCGUCUGCGACGGUGAAGCAGACGUUUGACCAGGUGCUGCGCAUUGCGAAGAACACGGGUGCGAAGAUUGGACUUGAGGAGGGCGAUAUUACGGAGAAGGAUAUUAUCCUGGAUGAGCGCUUCCACGGCGGCAUCUACGGCGUGCCGGACCAGACGACCAUUGACGCCAUCAAGUUCGGCGCGAGCACGGAGGGCUUCAUCACGGACCCCGUGUACGAGGGCAAGAGUCUGGCGGGCAUGAUGGCGCUGAUCAAGAACGAGGAGAUUCCCGCGGGAAGCAAUGUGUUGUACGCGCACUUGGGCGGACAGCUUGCCCUCAACGCCUACUCUGGCAUGUAA